AUGUCUGGUCGCACGAGCGGCUCAUCCCGUCAUCCGGGCAGAGGGCAUCGGUCGACGCUCUCUCUGCAGAAGACGGAGAUCCUUAUCAAUGUCUACGACCUGUUACCGGCCGGUCGAGUAUCAUCCGUCCUCUGGUCCAUCGGCGCAUCUCUCCUCCAUUCUGGCGUCGUCAUCAAUGGCAAGGAAUACGCCUUUGGAGGCCACGACCAGCCCGGUUUGACGGGUGUGUACUGGACCAAGCCCAAGACGGAGCCCCCGGGCGGCACAUUCAGGUGCGAGCUGCUGCACGGCUUCACCCUCGCCUCGGACCAGGAGAUUGACGCCGUCGUGCGCUCCGUGUCGGACGAGUUCACUGGCACCUCGUACAACCUCCUUACCAAGAACUGCAACCACUUCACCUCGCACCUCGUCGAGAAGCUUACCAACACCCCUGGACCCGGUUGGCUCAACCGCGCGGCUGCUUUUGGCGUCGCCUUCCCCUGCAUCGUGCCUCGCGAAUGGAUUGAGCCGCCCGAUUACGAGACCAUCGACGGCGGAGCCCUCCUGAGUCCCGACACCGACGUCUUCGGUGACGAGAAUGCUCGCAUGCUCCGGUCCUCAGAUGAGACACCUCGACUAGUUGGCAGUGAGAGUUCCACCAUGAGUGAAAUGGGAUUCGAGCAGGGCUGGGAUAGGGAUGACGACGCGACGCCCCGUCCUAGUGGCCACCACAGGACCGUUUCUAGAGACAGCUCUGGAAGGAUCUUGCCUGUCGCCGAGAGGGCGCCGGUGCGCUGA